ACACACACACACACACACACACACACCCUUUCAACCAGAACGUAUUACAGUGGUGAUUUUCAAACAAGGCUGAUUUUCACUGGCUCCAAAGGGCUUCACCUGUCAUGUGUUUAUUGUUUGCUAUACCUUACCUCUGUAAUGUCAUUCUAAAACACACAUACACAGAAACACAACAGCAUCGCUUGGUUACCUCCCUAUCACACAGAGCCAUUAUGUAAUUCACCCUUGGUAACUGUUCUGGAUGCUUGGUCUGAUCUCUUUCCUCUCUAUAGUCUUGAGCCGCGUUCUCUCCGGCUCUGCGACGCCAUCUAGCGACAUUCCAACACCUCAGUUUAACCCAUGCGUGUGUCUGAUGUUAUGCCUCCACGCUUUUCUUUCUAUUACGUCUGAUCCCUCACACAGUUAAAAGGUAUAUAAAGUAUUAUUAAGCUGAGAAAACUGGAGUCUGUUGAAUAAUUAUUAGAUUAGUGUGUUUAUAAGUGUUUAUUAUAUAGCAAUGUAAUAAUUAAUUGUUAAUUAGCAUAAAACUAACAAAAACAAAACAAGGUAAAUCCUCAAAAGCGAUCGUCGCUAUAUUGUAAAUUUAAUCUGUGUUUGUUGCUUUGCGGUGAUUAGUUCCGUGCGCAACAGUAAGGCUUUGUGCGCCGUAGCGCAGUGCCGUGCGCGUUUUCUCUGUCUUAUUUGUGUGAGCCUGCACAGAAAGCUGCAGCUGAUGUCAGUUUAGAGCAGUGCGGAUGUGUGCUUUCGUACAGGCAGCUAGGCGCGCGCGCGCACACACACACGCGCGUCUUCGCCUCCCUCCUUCUCUUUCCUCUGUGCGCUGCGCUGGUGAGAGGUUGACAAAAGACGGGCCAACCCCGCCUCAUGUAGAAGGACGAGGAGGGGUUGAACGCGUGGAGCGUAUACAGCUUCCCUGCGACUCUACUUAGCUUCCAAUAUAGCUAUAUGUUAAUGGUAUACACAUGGUAAGAGCGAGCGGGGAAAGGGGGGCCCAUAACACAAACCAGUGUCUCUUUAAAAAAAGAAGUUUCUUGUUGUAUUCUGGAAUGAGGUCAGACACGAGGCUCCUCAUUGCACGCGCUGAUUAUUAUUAGAUUCCAUUUUUGGCCAAUGGCUGGCGACGGGGCGUGGUUUGGGCGCAGAGGCAGCGUAGCGACAGCCUCCCAUUGGUGGAUUUUUAUCGCCGUUGUAUCUUGGGAAGGGAUAAAUGCGAGCGAGGGGGGCCGGGACUGGAGGGCUGCUUGAAACUCAGCUGCAAGUGUGCAGACGGAAGGCUGGACAGUGUUACUCGCGCAGCGUUUCUUUUUUUGCCCCCUCUCUCCCCCGACUGCAUGGCUUUUGUUUGCAGGAGAGGAGAACGAGCUGAUGCAGAGAAAAGCACUUACUUUACACACUGUACUUGAGCGCUCUGUAAGUGCCGGAGCGCGCGGUGUGGCUCUCAGCCUGCGCUCUGCAGCCGCGUAGACUGUGUUCAGUCACCACACGGCUGAAUUGAUUUUCUAACACAGAAGGAAGAGACUGAUAACAGGGUACCCGGUGGAGAAGGGGGCUAAACUGUCCGUGCUGUCUGAACACGCAGCACCUGGAGAUUAAACUUUUUUUUUUACACACUAAGCCUUUUUAAUGGCUCCUCUGGACUGAACGCUCAUCAUCUCAGGAGUGAAUUGCCUCGCGCGCGUGUGGAAGAACUCGCCUCGAACUGUGAAGGCUGAAGACGAAAUAGCUGAGUUCGCUUUAAAGUGACUCGCAGGAGCGAGCGCGGAAGGGGGGGGAGAACGAGCACGUACGCAGCGCUCCCUCCGCGUGUGCGCCCGGGCGGCAUGGUGCAGAAAAUGAGCCACGCGGAGAGCACCGCCGAGGCGCUCUCCUUCUUCGCCGGGGACUCGAGCGCCGACUCCGGCGCGUGCAUGGACCUCGACCCGGCCGCGUCGCCCCUCUCGCCGGGCUCCGCGGCGUCCUCGGCCCCCGGGCACAAGCUGGGCGACAACCCGGCGUGGUGCAAGACCCCGAGCGGCCACAUCAAGCGGCCCAUGAACGCGUUCAUGGUGUGGUCGCAGAUCGAGAGGCGGAAGAUCAUGGAGCAGUCCCCGGACAUGCACAACGCCGAGAUCUCCAAGCGGCUGGGGAAGCGGUGGAAGCUGCUGCGAGACAGCGACAAGAUCCCGUUCAUCAGAGAGGCGGAGCGGCUCCGGCUCAAGCACAUGGCGGACUAUCCCGACUACAAGUACCGGCCGAGGAAGAAGGUCAAAUCCAGCGCCCCCAAGCCGGGCAGCGGCGGGGACAAGGGGGAGAAACUCCACAGUAGCUCGAACAACACCAGCACUAAGACGUCCUCGUCCUCGAGGAAGAACGGACCCAAAUCGCCCAGCAGCAGCAAAACCCACAAAUCACUUUUCGGGAGCAGCAGCAGCAGCAGCAGCAGUAGCACCAAAGCAUCACCGUUUGCCUCCGAGCACCCGUCCGAGCACCACCACAACUCCCUGUACAAGUCCAAAUCCGUCGCCUCGGCGGCCAAGCAGAUCCUGGACGGGAAGAAGCCCAAGCGGGUGUACGUGUUCGGCGGCGGCGGCGGCCUGAGCGUCAGCCCCACGUCCUCCGUCGCGGUGCCGGCCAGUCCGACGCUCAGCAGCUCCGCGGACUCCAGCGACCCGCUCAGCCUGUACGAGGACGCGGGCAGCGGCCGCGAGGAGGGAGCGGAGUCCCCGGGCAGCAGCAGCGGCAGCAGCAGCGGCAGCCCGGGCGGCUCUUCGGAGCGCCACGGCGGCCACACGUACACCAGCCGGCGGGUGUCCUCGCCCACCCCCUCCGGCUCCCACUCGUCCGCCUCGUCGUCGUCGAGUUCGUCGGAGGACGAGGAGUUCGAGGACGACUUGCUCGACAUCAACCCGAGCCCCAGCUUCGACAGCAUGUCGCUGGGGAGCUUCGGCUCCUCGGCGCUGGACAGGGACUUGGAUUUAAACUUUGAGUCCGGCUCUGGGGGCUCCCACUUCGAGUUCCCAGACUACUGCACGCCCGAAGUGAGCGAGAUGAUCUCCGGAGACUGGCUGGAGUCCACCAUCUCCAACCUGGUGUUCACGUACUGAGCGAUCGGCGCCGAACCCCAGAGGCUAUACAUUUAGAACGACAGGUAAUGUCCUACGAGCAAAAAGAUGACCCAAACCCACCGAACCGAGGGGUUCCCGGUGCAGUGGCCGUAAUAGUUAGCGUGACGAGCGCGCCGCUGAAAACCAGACCCCGUCCCCCCCUCGUCCUCACGGGGACCGAGGCGCAGCUCCGCGGAAAGCUCACGUUGAAAGCGAAUAAUUAGCUUUUUGUACUUUUCUUAGGAUGCGCGCGCGGACUGUGGGACUUUUGGUACACGCCAUGCACGAGGAGCGCAGAGACCAGACGGGCUGCGUUUCCUGAAAGCCCGGGCACGCGCUCAGCCGUGGACUGUUUUGAAACGAACAAGUUAACUGUGAUAGAUUUUGCACGCUAUGCGGUCCGCCGUUCACUUAAUCAAUGUUGUUGCCGAUUAAAAAAAGACGAAUAAAAGAGGGACAUUUCACAAGUUUUCUUUUCUACCAAUCGCCAAGUGAACUUCACCACUAAAGGUACAGAAAUAGGACUGUCCUGCGACAUUUUAAUUGUAAUGUGUCACCAAGAGGGAUUUUUAAUGAAACCGAGGUGGGUUGAUGUUUUUCUUUUAAGUUGAAUAUUUUCUCAAAAGCAAAAAACAUGUUAAGCAUGAUCGCCUACUUUGUUCCUAUCUUGUGCUGAGAUUUUCUGUGAGACUGUCGAGCAGUUUAAAACUAGUAUUAGGGUUAUUUAAAUGGAUAGGUGGCGCUCGCUUCGGUUCUUCUCUCUCUCUCUCUCUCUCUCUCUCUCUCUCUCUCUCGUUCUCUGUCUCGCUCUCUCUUUAAAAAAAGGACAUUGAAAUAAUCACCAGCUGUUGUAAUGUUUUCAAACUUCAGGACUCCAACGCAAACUUUAAAUCUGUGCUGAACUUUAUAUACACGUGUUCUCUACGAUUCAGGACCAAAUUUCUUUGGUGUUUAAUUUCAGAUGAUAGCUAUAGAGAAAUCCUCACCGAUUUUUCAUCCUCUGAGCUUUGUUUUGUACAUGUAUUCAGAUGCCAUUUUAUAUGGGAUGUUGUAUUUAUAUACUGGGCCAAGCAUUUUCUGACUUGAUCGUUUUUUUUAUUUCUUGUAUACAUGACCUGGUCUUGUUUUUGUCUACGUUCGUGUCUGUCACAUUUCCUUCUCAGGCGAAGGGCUAGAGUUUUUAAAACACACAACUUCUGAUUUGUUUUUAUAUUUAAAUGUACACACUUUUGGACACUUAAAAGAGAUGAAACAGUUUGAUUAUUUUCUCAGUGUAUUUUUGUACAAAUCUAUAUAGAUAAUGGGGGAGUCAACAAUCGGUGUGUGUAGCCUACUAAUGCAGCUGUAUUGGAUUUCCUAAUUUUUAAUACCCCGGCAUAGGCUGGUUUUCAUGCUGCCUUCAAGUGCUCAUGGAAAGCUCAUUCUUUGGAGGUCUGCCUUUUUCAAACGCUUUUGUAAAGCUAGCCAGCAAAUUCCAAAACAUGAAUCAGUGGUGCCUAUUGCUUAAUUUUAUAAAUUAAAGGCGCCAACCUACUGUUGACUUAAGCAACCAGGAAGAAGAGGUAAUAUUGGUUACAUUGAGCAUGCAAUUGGUGUUUUAAUUCACUAAUUUGGCAAACUUUAUUUAACUUUUACCAGCAAAUGCUAUCUAAACAUGACGGUGUCCAGUACCUGAAAGUCCAUUAUUCUUUUCACAGGUAUCAGAGUAACAACCUAUUUUAAAGACUUAAAUGCAAUUUGCCCAACAGCCCUUGAAAGCAGCACCAGUCUUUGUAUCAGCCUACCUUCUACGUUUACAGUGCCAGUUUGCAGGCUCCUUAAAGACACAGGAAGGCAUUAUUUGUAGAGGCUAUUCCUGUGGACCGCGUGGGGUUAACAGCGUUCAAGAUUUGGGGCAGCCACUUGUUUUUGCAUUUCCAGUCAGACAUCUUGCCUAUGACAACAAAUGAGGAGAUUGUAGCUUUAAAUUUGACUUGUUUCUUGAAGUUUUCAUGAACUGAUGUCAAAAUCUGCCAGUCAACUACUGGAUUGAGCAGGAUAUCAACAUAGCAAGCAAACAACAACAAUGAUUACAUCAAGCAUAUUCAAAUUUCUGACUUGAGUUCCGCAACACCUACAUGUACUGCGUUUCUCAUUGUAUUUGAACAUAUAAUCUUUUCUACUUGUCGGCUAACUAUUAGCUAAUAAUUGUUUUAGUAUCUUUAUGGCAUGGUGAAUAGCAUUUGUAUUUCAGAUUCAGGUUAUUAGUUGUUGUGUUUUUCAGAAAAAAUAGAAAAAAUGAGGAAAAACGUGAACUCGACCUUUGUAUAUUUGACUGUAUUAUAAAGCAAAAGAUUGUGUGUUUAUGUAUGUUGUUGCUAUUGAGGACAGGCACUGUCUAGAACUGCUAUCUUUUACACAUCCUUACUUACGUUUAAGGUGGUCAGUUCAGGACUCUUUUUUUAUACAUAUAUAUAUAUAUAAAUAUAUAUAUGAAAGCAUUUUAAAUAUAUUAACUUUAUUUUUCAUCCAUCCUGUGCAAUAUGCUGUGUAGAUUUAUCAUUUACUGUCUCCAUGCCAUAAACAAGGAACCACCCUGUUUUUGAGACUCAAAAGGAGGGGGAGCUCAUGCCAGCUACAUUUUGUCCAUUCACUGCCUGUCAGAUUGUUGAUAUAAACUUGUGUACAGAACUUUUUCAAGGAAGGAAAUAAAUAUCAGCUGGAACUGAA